AUGGCUGCAAGCGUACUGCCAGACAGCCUCCGAUCAGAACAGACGCCAUCACUAGUAUCCCAGGAAACAAACGCGGAAAGGCAAGACUACAACCCUGAGGUUUGGCACCUAAAAUUCAGAAAAUUUAGUCCCUCAGAGGGGUCCGACCCCAUCCAGGAUCUGAAGCAGAUCUCUGAGCUAUGCUGUAUGUGGUUGAGACCGGACCUGCAUAGCAAGGAGGAGAUCCUGGACCAGCUGGUGCUGGAGCAGUUUAUCAUCUCUGCGCCGCUAGAGCUGCAGACCUUAGUGAAGGAGAGCAAGGUGAAGUCCUGCAAAGAACUGGAGAAACUACUGAGGAGCGGUGAGAAACCGCGCCAAUGGUCCAUAAUCUACUCCGGAGAGCAGGUGUACCUCCUUCGGCAUCCCUGUGCCGAGAAUGCUGCAGACAUGGAGAACGAGUGGACUGACGUGAGACGGUCCCCGGAGCACCUUACAGAGAGAGAGGAGCCCCCCAACAGAGGCCAGGCUCACCCAGAGUUGCAGAACCUGCCGGAGACCAGCCAGUUUGUAAUCGCCCAAGGACAGACGUCCUUCCUACGUGGUUCCUAUCUGGAAAUGGCCAAAGUCAAAGCGGAUGACUGGAGUGACAACGUGGUGGUAUUGUCGGAUGAUAGUCUCAGCGGUGACCAGGCUAGUCCAGGGUCACAGAACCUGCCAAGGACUGAGUCGUGCAUCAGCCAGGAAGAGGAAGUUUUUCUGGUUCCUGGGAACAGAGAGCCAGACUACUCGAGACCUGAGCGGAACCAGGGAAGUGACUUGGUACAGGACUGGGAUGUCCUGUUCUUACCUCAGGAUCCUCAACCCACACAGGGUCAUGAGUCUCUCCAAGUAAAAGCUGCCUCAGUGAUGCUCCAGGAAGACACAAACAUGGAUGUGGCCACACCCGUCACCUGUAUUCUAGCAAAAAGGGAUACAGCUGUGAAUACGGAUCUUCAGAGGCUUAGCAGCUCCGGUACAGACAGCUUGCCCACUCCCCAAGGAAAGGCCUCUGUCACUGGCCGGGCUCGGUUUGGGUGUAGUCAAUGCAACAAGAGUUUUCUCUACAGGUCUCAGCUUAUCAUCCACCAGAGGACCCACACAGGAGAGAGACCCUUUCGGUGCCACUUGUGCAAAAAGGGAUUUUUGCAGUCCUCAGACCUCCGAGUUCACCAGCGCAUCCACACGGGCGAAAAGCCUUACGGGUGUAGCACCUGCAGCAAGGUGUUUGCCCAUGAGUCCUCCCUGCUGGAUCACAUCAGGAUCCACACGAAAGAGAUGCCGUACCAGUGUGAGAGCUGUGGAAAGCGCUUCAACCACAAGAGCAACCUCAACGUCCAUAUCGGCAUCCACAGCGACGCAAGACCCUACAAGUGUAUGGAGUGCAACGCGGCCUUUCGACAGAAGGGGGCGCUAAUGCGACACGUGAAAAUACACUCGAGAUAG